UUGGGGCUGCGUGCGCGUGAGCGCUCGGCGUACAGAGCUGCCCCCACGUGGCAGCCCCCAAGGGCAGGCCCACAGCGCGGGCUCCUAGGCACCCCAGCGGACAGGGCGCGUAACCGGCCUCCAGCUCCCUGGGAGGCACCAUGGCUGGGUUUUAUGGUUGCCUGAAGACUCCAAAAUGCUGGCUGCGUGCUUCCCUCUCACUCUCAAGUGGACCACAGAGCAGUGUCCAGCCUGGGAAGGGGCCGGCCACCUCGCACCGCCACGCACUGGACCAAAGAGGCAUGAGAGUCAGGUGUGAGAGCAGACUGGACCUCGGGCCAAAGGGGCGUAGUGAUUGAACUAUAGCUGAAUCACUAAGUGAAAUUUCUGGCAGUAUGGAAGUUCUGGAGGCCAGUGAUGAAGGAAAGGAGAAAUCCAAAUUUAAAGGCUUCAAGAGAUUUUUUGGCAAGAAGAAGAAAAAAGAGCCUGAAGAUACCCAGGGAAAGAGGAGGCUCAAACCAAGCUUGUCCAGUGACAGUAUUAACAUCUCUUCUGUGAAGCCAGUUUCGGAACGUCAACAAACCAAGCCUGGGGCCAAGAGCAGCAUGGGGAACAAAGCCCUGUCCCAUGACAGCAUCUUCAUGUUGGAGUGUGAGUCUGAAAGAUCAGGAAGCAGAAUAUGCCCCUCUCCAGAGGUCCAGAGAGGCAGACUGCUUCAGAGAUCUCAUGAUUUUAGAACUCUGCCUAGAGUUUGGACUGGUAGUCCGCAUGGGGCUGUGUUUGGAGCUACACCGCAAUAUGUGCCCAGAAGUGGAGUCUGGGUUGCAGGCACCAAGAUCACUGAGGUAGCAGGCUCCAAGAUCACUGAGAUCCCACCAUGGUGCCCACGCCAACCCAGCAUCAGCCCACCUCUUAUUCGAUCUGACACAGUCUCUAAGGAUUUUGAAGAAAUCUCUGUUGAUGAUGAGUCACCGAAGAGCCCACGAAAGAAGCAUUCAUCACACAUGACCUUGACAUUGAAGAAGGCAAAACCAAAGCAGAAGAAGCCAAGCCUUCCACUGGCUUCUGAAGAAGAGAAAAGCACAACCGAACCGAAAGAAGCCGACCAAAAGAAGCCGAAGAAAGACAGUACAGGUGCCUCAGGCUGGGAACAGAGAAACAAAGCUGGGAUUUAUGAACAGAAGACAACAGGUCAGGCUGCAAACAGAGAAGCUGCUGAGAGUCAGGGCUAUGCAUUUCCAGCAGCGUACAGAAGACAAUGUGGCAAUAGAGGCUCAAGUACUUCAGAAGCAAGUGAGCGUGGAUCCAAAGGGAGAAGGUUUAAACCAUCCAGUCGAGCACUUGGCCUAGGUAAUGGAGCUGGGUCCCCACCUGCCGGUAAGACUGCCAGGGAUUUCCUUUCCUGGCACCUGCCCUUGGAGAAGCAAGUCGCGGAGCAGCCCCCAACGGCACGAACAGAAAGCGCUACUCCUCAGGAGCUGCUUUCAGAUAAAGAUGACAUGGGAAGGAGAAGUGCCGGUAUAGAUUUUGAAGCCAGAAAAGCAUCAGCAUCACAACCCAUAACUGAAGACAUGGAAGAGUCCAUGGUUAGUGGUCUGUCACCAUCCCAUGAAGAUGGGGCUUCUGGAGCCAAGAAGACGGAAGCCGGAGCUGCUCUUUUACCCGUGGUAGGAAGCCCUUCUACAACCCAAGAUAUUUUCUCAGUGACACUGGAGGAUCAGGGGUUUCUGGAUCCUUCUCAUAGCCAGUCAGAAGAGGAAGAAGCGUCCAGCUUUGAUUUGAAAAGUGUCCAAUUUAAAAUGAAGUCAGAUCAAGAUACCUACAAAGAAAAGUCUCCUGGAAACGUUCUCCAGGCCUUUACAGCAAGCAUUUCAGAUACCGUGAGAGCUUUGGUAGAGGGAGGUAUUUCUGCAGAGAGGCUGCCUCCCAGAAGCCUUUCCCCGUCCUCGCGGAAGCUGAAAGCUGAAGCCGUUGCCUCAGAUUCAGAGAGUACUUCAGAGGCGGGCAGUCGUUCUGAGCAGCAGCUGGCUCCUGGAUAUUUUUUCCAGCCCUCGAAGAAGCACAAAAAUGAACAAGAAGGUUUCCCAGAAUCAGAAAGUUCAGCCGUGGGAGUGAGCGGUCUCAAGCAGCGGCAGGCUCCUAGGCAGUGGGCUGCUAGAUACUCUUCCCAGUCCUUGGGGAAGCCAGAAGUGGAAGCCGUCCUUUCGUGUUACGAGAGUGCUUCCAAAGAGGGGAGCGGCUCUGGGCAGCAGCGGGCUCCCAGGCACUCUCUCCGGCCUUUGAGGAAGUCCAAAGAUGGCCAAGAAGUCUUUGCAGAAUCAGGUUUUGUCGUGCAAAUGAGCAGUUCCCAUGAGCAGCUGGCUCCCAGAUGUGCUUCCCAGGCUCUGGGGGAGCCUGAAGAUGAAGUCUCCACAGGAGCAAAUAGUUAUGUCGAAAAGUACAGUAGUGCUGAGGAUUGGAGCAGCUGUGAGGAAAAUCGGCCUCCCGGACCCCCUUCGCAGGCCUCGGGGAGGCCCAAAGACCAAAAAGAAGUCUCCUGGGCUUCAAAGAACGUACCUGGAGUGUGGGGUGCUUCUGUGCAGCAGAUGCCUACCAGGCACCCUUGCCAGUCCUGGGUGGGCCCUACAUCCGAGCAACAAGCCUCUGCAGGUCCAGAGAGCGCUGCUGCGGAGUGGGGCAUUUCCACGGAGCCGCGGCCUCCCAGAGUGACUUCUCGGGCCCCGAUGAGACCAGUAGUCAAACAACCAAUCUCUGCAGGUCCAGAGAGUGUCGACAUUGAAGGGGGUGCUUCUACCAAGCUCCUGCCUUCCAAACAUUCCCAGUCCACUGUGAGACCUAAACUCCAGCAAAUGUCAAGUUUUGAGGGUGCUGCUGUUGAGGUGGGCAUUUCUGGGAGGUCACUGCCUCCCAAAUAUCCUGCCCGGUUGGUUAAAAAGUUUAAAGUUGAGGAAAUGUCCUCACGUCUAGAGAGCAUGGCAGUUGAAGAAGGCAUAUCAAAGGAAUCGCUGCUUUCCAAUCAUCUUUUCCAGUUGUUCAUGAAGUUUAUGGUCCAGGAAAUCUUUUCAGAGAGCCCUUCUACUGAGGAGGGAAUCUACGAGGAUCCUCUGUCUUCAAAUCAACCUUCCAAAUCUUUGUCGAGGCCUAAAGUCGGGCACCAAGUUCUCUCAGGCUACGAGGGUACCGAUAUUGAGGGAGGCAUUUUUUUGAAGCAGCUGCCUACGAAAAGCCCUUUACCGUGCUUGGGGAGGCCUGAAGGCCUGCAAGAAGUCUUCUCACGUUCAGAGAGCACUCCUGUAAAGUGGAGUGGUUCUAAAGAGCAGCUGCCUGGCAGACACCCUGGCCAAGCCGAAGAUGAGGCUGAAUUUCAGCCACAGGCUUUCGCAACAGGCCCAGUGAGUGCACCUGCGGAGUGGAGCGGCUCGGAGGAGCACCUGCGUCCCAGACACCCUUUUCAGGCUCCUGCAGUCCCUGCACAUCAGCGACAGGCUUAUUCAAGUCCCAUGAGUGCUGCUGCUGAGGGAACCAUUUUGGAGAGCGAUCCUAGCUGCUGGUCCCUAUGGAGAGACCCAGCUUCUCCAGACAAAACCAAGAAACACAGCCAAGGCUCCGAAGACCUCAUUAAGAACAUCCUGAUUCCUGCUACCAAAGCUGUGAAGUUCACCGAUGCUCCUGUCUCGCAAACGUCCACUUCUGGGGGCACUUACUCUAAGGAGGAAGUUCUUGAGAGUGGUGAUCAAGAUAACAGCCAUUCAAAUUCAUCCACCAAUUGGGCUGACAUUGAAAACGUUUUUGGGGUCCGACUGAGAAAAACCUCUUCCUCACAGAAGUAUAAGGAAAAAGCUCCUGGUCGACAGUCAGAUCAUGCCACCUCAGAGCCAGCUUGGAUAACUAUGAUAAAGCAGAGGCAGGGGAGUUUCCAGGCCAACAUUCCUGUGAAAGAGCCAAAAACCAAGAAUAGAGCUGGAGCCAAGGCUGAGACUGAGGAACCUAGAUAUGGGAGAACUGGCCUUGCAGAUGAAAACCAACCAAGGAGGGUUUUCACUUCUGAUGUCAACAGACGGGAGAAGAUAGCACCGAAGCCACCGAAGUCUACCAAAGCAGUGGGAUUCGAAGAUGAGAAGAUAUUUCAAGUACCUUCUAUGGAAAAAGAAACCAGAAGGUCUUCAACUCUCCCAGCCAUGCUACAACAGCCGGCUGAGCCAGCUGAGCCAGUCUGGUUCUCCCUGGCCAAGAAGAAAGCCAAAGCACGGAGCCAUGUAGCAAAACUCACGCAAUAAAUAGCUCCUGGGUGGAGUAUCAGCAUUUUAAAUGAUAAUUCCCAGUAGCUGUAUUAAUGCCACGUAGUGAAUUAUUUACUGUAACCAUUUUUAUUAAGCAUAAGAGCCUUAAAAGGGGAAAUCAAGCUAAUAAUUAUUUGAAUGACACAGAUGCCAUGAAUGCCUAACCUUCAGUACAGUCACUGCCAGCAUCUGAAAACCCAGCAUUUCCUCUAUAAAAACUGUGUAAAAUGUUUGCACUGUUGUCGAACUGAGAACACUUUAACUUUGAACAAUGUGCUGUAGAAGGGAGAAAGCAUUUUGUUGGAGCAACUAAGAGGUGGUCAUUUCCCUUGAUCAAAUAAAUUCAUUCUAAUGGAAAUGUCCAGAUGAUUUGGUCCAAGGAUUGGCUUUUAGGUUUUAUGAGCCUAGUUAAAUGCUUCAGUUCUUUGGUUGCUGCUCCAAACUUUGCAAAGCCCCCUAAGAAGAGGUGGUAGAAGUGAAAAUUCUGGGUCUCCAAGAAAAAUUUUGCACAGCCAGUCCCCCAAUCAGCCCACUGCCCUUUGAAACACCUUCUUUGUAUCCCUGAGGGCUCCCAACACCUGCAACUUAUACAGACCUCUCUUUGCACACGUCCCAUGUCAACCUGUCACAAGUCUGGCGGCAAUGAGCACCUUCCUAUGGGGCAUAACAUUCCUUGGGGAUUAUCAUAUUCCUCUGGAUGGUUAGCCCAUCAGUGUCUGACCUUUUGCCCCAGUGCCACUGUGACCCUUUCUAGUUGCUCAGAAGUGUACUGCACUUCAUACAUAUCCUAUUUUUAAAGCACUUAAGACCCUGUUGAAAUUCAAAAUUCUGCAAAUUCCAAAAGCUGUGCCUUCAAUGGAGCAGAUGGGAAGCCUUCCACAAGGAAGUCUGGGGCCACUAGAGAGCUAUCUUAUGCCCUGUCUCCAGCCUUAAGGUGGAAACCUCCGAGUAGCCCAGUUUCUUGUCCGUUUCCCUCAGCAGUCUCUGUUUCAGAAGAUUUUAACCUAAGACAAGACUGCACCCUCAAAGCCACAGAACAACUGACUUUCUGCUAAUGGGAAGCCUGAAGUGAUUGAAGCAGCCUUUCCCUCCCCUCAUUCCUAGAGGCACACACACCUCAACAGUCACUAGGCUGGACAGCCCCCACCUCCCCAGUGAACCAGCCACCCCAAGUCCUUCCCCUCUAUUCCAACCCCAAACACACUAAACACUAAUGGAGAGCUCCCUUUGGAUGCCUGGACAGUACCUAGCUCAUUUUCUCAGGAAACCCAGAAGUGUCUUAGUAUACCUUUCACUGUGUCUGCCUCUGUCACCUUGGGGCUACUUUGCUUAAACAGAAAUGCAGACCUAGACAUAACUGUGCCUUUAAAUCCCAAGCAGGGUGCUGCCUCAUGCAAAAAACAAAUUCAGAGAGGCUGUGAGGUGCCAGAGCUAAUUUAAACCCUUGGUGCUUGGUUUUCCUGAUGAUGGUAUAACGUGAUAUUGUACAAUCAUGUGCUGGUUUUGCGUUUUCUCUGUAAAACAUCUAUUUUUCCUCAUACUAUAUCUUUACCUUUUUGAUAAUGCUAGGUUUUUGAUUGAUUGAUUGGGUUUGAUUUCCUUUGUAUUCCCAUAGUGAACAGUUCAUUAAGGUAGAUGCCCUUUACCCAGGCAAUGCUGGUAGAUUAACUGUUAUACCUCCCUUCCCCCUUUUCUCAGGGUGGACCACUAUUAGGUUAUUCUUACUCUAAGAACUCUCCAUUAACAAUUUCCUUUUCACAGUUAGCAACAAAAAUCUGUUUUCAGUAAAGAGGUUAAGUCUUUUUUUAAUGCCUAGAGGCACAUUUUGACAAGUUUUCAGCUUCUUUUAGCAUUCUUGAUUUCUGCUAUAUGCAAAGCAAAUAAAUUCAAUAAAGCCUG